UAGUCAAGCUGGAUCAGCUGACACUGGCCAGCUUCUCCUUUUGAUGCUCCUUCUCCUCCAUCGACUGGUAGCGCUUCUUUAAACUGUAUUGUUUUCGCUAUCGUUGCGCUACUGGCGUCAAGUUUUUAGAUUUGAGCCGAGGAGAUCUCGCCGAUCCAGCAGUUAGACGGCCGGAUAGAUGCUGCUAGAGUGGAUGAUGGACGGACACGCUAUUCUGUAUACGGGGGUCACUUUGGCCUUCUGGAGUACCAUACUAAUCGUCGGUAUUUGCUAUACCAUAUUUGACCUUGGGUUCCGUUUUGAUGUGGCAUGGUUCCUGACAGAGACUUCUCCUUUUAUGUGGGCCAGUCUGGGCAUUGGCUUGGCCAUCUCUCUGUCUGUGGUGGGAGCAGCCUGGGGGAUCUACAUCACUGGUUCAAGCAUUAUUGGAGGUGGUGUCAAGGCUCCACGCAUCAAAACCAAGAAUUUGGUCAGCAUCAUUUUCUGUGAAGCUGUAGCGAUCUAUGGGAUCAUCAUGGCCAUUGUAAUCAGCAACAUGGCUGAGAACUUUAGUGGAACAACCCCUGAGACCAUCGGGGCAAGGAACUACCAAGCUGGUUACUCCAUGUUUGGAGCCGGUCUGACUGUGGGCUUUUCCAACCUCUUCUGCGGCAUCUGUGUCGGCAUCGUGGGCAGCGGAGCGGCGUUGGCAGACGCCCAGAACGCCAGCCUCUUCGUGAAGAUCCUCAUUGUGGAAAUCUUCGGCAGUGCAAUUGGCCUGUUUGGUGUCAUUGUGGCCAUUCUGCAGACGUCAAAAGUAAAGAUGGGUGACUAGAAGAUGCCUUCACACGCUGAGAAGAUGAAAAAGACACUGCUGGAAAAUAAGAUGGAUUAUUGUGUAAAUACAUCGUAAAUUAUUUAAAUGUCUCUAUUUGCCUGGUAUUGUUUUUAACCAUCAUUCGUGCAAGAGUGGUACGCACACACCCCUUACUGUGUUGUCUUGAUAGAAACAUGAAUGUUAAGUAAGAAAUCUGGUAAAAAAACCCCACCAGAUGGCAGUGUUUCGUGUGCAUUUUUGCACCUGAAAUUAAUGACCGAACCUUGCUUCUCUUCAACAGUUCAGCUUGAUGAGCAAUACAAGCAGAAUGUUGUGAUGGAUUUUAGCUGGCCAGCCAAUCUGUAGUCUUGAGAGCUGUAAAGAGAACUGCAAGGAUUUAAAAUGCAAGCACAGGUUCAUACAGGUUGGGGUUUUAAUGACAUUUUCCUGCUCACUCUUGGAUGUAUGAUGAGUUAAAAAUUACACUAGAGUAUUUGAAAAUAUUUGUGUGUGUGUAUGCUGGACACGUGAUCUUUUUUUUUUUUCUCCUGUGAAGCAUGAGGGUGUUUACCAUUGUGUUUAUUAUUGUAGCCUGGUCUGUCAGGGUUUGUUUUUUUUUGUUUGUUUUGUUUUUGUAACUGUUCUUUGCUAAUAAGCACGUGGUCCUUAAUCCACGCUGUGGUCCGAAUACAGUAUUUGUCAGGCCUCCUGCUGUAGAAGUGAAGUUUUGAAUUACAGUAGUGAAGUGGAAAGUAAGGUCAUCCCGACAGCUGGACGUGCUCUUUGGGAGGCCAAGUAGUGUCAGAUCACAGCAGCAGAUCUGCUCUAAACAUGUCAACCUGUCAUUCAUUUCCUUACUUCCAAAAAUGUUAUGCCAGCCACAACUUCCUUGUUUUUCCCCAGAGUCUUCUGAUCCUUUUUCAGGAGGUUUUACAGGGAGGAAUUGGAUAUAAAAGUGGAUUGUUCAGUGUUGAGUAGAAGGAAACCAAACGAUUGUGGAUUCGCAGAAUACUUUAAGAGAUCCCUUGUCCAUAGUGUUGUGCACAGAGACCAUUAACUGGCUUUCAAGGAAACAAAGAUGACCUUAGCAUGAGGAAACCUAACGUCUCCAGUUACAAGUGAACAAAGUCAACAUUUCUAUCCUCCUUCUCAAGUCGCUAAUCAACCUUAUUAUCGUAGAAAAGAGGGAUUUAUUUUAGAGAGCACCUACAUUUCUAGUAGUACCUUACACUUAGUGGUAAUAAUAUUUAAUAUUUGCUCUAGCAUCGCAGUCAUUGUUCUAGAGGUCUUAAUAAUUUUGUGUAGACUGGUCCUCUUGACUUUGAUUUUAUGUUCUCUCAGGUGAUCUGGCUCCCAAAACUCUGGGUAAAAACUAUGGACUGCAUUAAAUAUUCAGCGACUUUAUGGAUACAGGUUUUUACAUUAUUUUACACAGAAAUUACAUUCUACAAAUCUUCAUAUUUCUUUAUUUUUUAUUAAACUGUCUCGUUUUGAAUGUUCAUCUUAACAUCUGUGUUCCCAAAUUAUUUUCUAACAUUCCUUAAAGUGUGUGUGUGUGCGUGUGUGUGUAAAGCUUAGUCUUAGUGUGUUUGGGUAGAGUGCAAUUUGAAUGACAAAAUUAGACUCCUGCUACAUCACAGCAAAGCCAUCAUUUAAAUCUUUUGUCAUCAAAGCAUGUGCUUUUUUUAUCAGCUGGUAGCUGCGCAGCAUUUCGGCUGUUUCCUAUUGAUGCUGACAAGUGAAUGUGGAAACAGAUUGUUUUUAUGAACCUUUGGCUGCCAGCUGACAGAAGAAUCAAAUUGAUGUGGGCACCGAGUGCAAAAUGCUUGUACGGAAACACGUUUGCUAACACUUUCUGUUCUUGAUGCAUCAUUCCGCAACUUAAGAUGACAGACCACGGCUAAUUGUAAAUCGUCUUUCCUGUAAUUUUUCCCUCCAACCCUCUCGUGGAGUCGUGAAUGAGUAUAAACAUUGAGUCUUUACAUGGGGAAACUGGAUCGUCUUUAAUAUAUCCAGACCUAGCCUCCCAAAGGUGUCAAAAGCCGCAAGAUCGUCUUUUCCCUGAUGAUGGUUUUUAAUUAAGCCGAGAUGUAACUCAGAUAUUCCUUUGGUAAACCAGGCUCUGCACCAAACCCCGGGCUUUCAGUGACUGUAGUUGGUACCGUGUGUGCAUUAUGUUUAUGUGAUGGUGAUCAGAGAAUAAGUCAUUGUUUUUUUUGACAUUGUGUACAAUAAUAAAACAGAUCGUCCUUCUGGCUUCAUAAAUGUCCUUGAGAAAAUAAAAUGUUCCAAUCAA